UAUUUGUACAGUGUUAUACGUGACACGCGAUUUUUGAUCAUUUGCCGAGUGUGUAUAAUAUGGUGUAUAUACCUUACAUAGUAGAUAAUCAAAUACGCGAUACAAUUAUUAUAUAUUUUUUCAUUUGAAAAAUUAAAUUAAAAUACUUAAAUGUGCCGCUCAAAUCGUCGACAUUGGGUUAAGUCAUUUCGUUUAUACGUACCUACAACAAAAUAUUGAGAAAAUAAUAUUACACUUAGACAUAUUAUACUAUCGUAUUUUCAUUAAGAGCAGUUGAUUUAUUUCAUUUAUGUAUCACGGUUAAUUAAUAUCUUAUGUACGAUGCGUCGUGGGGAAAAAGCUACAAGAAAAAGAAAACAAUAGUCAUUUUUUUAACAGUCUUCGAUGAAACUGACAUUUACUUCGAUACGAAUAAUAUUUUAUACAUAUAUUGUGGUAUUGUCCUUCAAAGGCAAAUUCUUUAAGGAAUGAUCAUAUACUUGUUAGAUAUCUCAAUAGUUUUAAUGAGUAUUUUACAAGGCACAUCGUGUAUAAAUUGCUUUAAAUGUUCGUCUUUGAAUGGAAGUAAUGCAAAUUGUGAAGACCCGUUUAACCCUGCAAUGUCCACUUACAUAGAAAAGUGCAUGGUUCCAAAAAGAGGUCAUGUAGGAAUGUUUCCAGCAAAUUUUUGUACUAAAAUCAUUGGAAAUAAUGUGUUAACCCAUGAAAUUAUGGUCAUCAGACAAUGUGCCAUGAAAACUAUGGACUCUCAGUGCGGUAAAUUCAAAUACCAAGAUCAUACCAUGGACGGUUGUAUUCUCACCUGUGAUUUCGACGGGUGUAAUUCAGGAAAAAAUAAUAAGCCUAAUACUGUGUUACAAAUUACGCUUUCUGCGAUGCUAUUAUUACUAACAUCUUACUAUAUCAACAAAACUAUUGAAUGUUUUCAAAUUACUUAGAAUAACUAUUUGACGAAAACUCAAAUAUCUAGCUUUUCAAUGUAUAUUUUAUAACUGUUAAGUACUUAAGUAAUUCAUCCAUUCUUUAUUGUUAUGAUAUUAUUAUUAUUAUUAUUAUUAUUAUUAUUACAUUAUAUUACAUAACAUACAUAAAAGUAAAAACCUAAAUAGGGACGAUCAUAUCGCGGAACCUUUUUUUUUUAAAAAUUAUUAUAAAUUACAAUACAACAAUGUGUUCUUAAUACCGUUCUUCUCGAUUCCCAACAUUGAUCUAUAGUCUAUAUUUAUUUACCAUAGCUUAUAUUAUUAUUAUUAUUGAACAUAUCGAGCGUUUAAUCUUGUAUUUUCUUAGAUCUCAAACGAAUGAUGUGUCAAAUUCCGUUAAAAGAUAUUUUGUUUUUAUGUUUACUACUGUGCAAAAUUUGAUACCUCCAGAUGACUGUCCUUUUUAGGUGUACUUAUAUUUUGGUUAAUAAUAUCUAGCAUUAUAAUGUAUAUUUUAUAACUGUUAAGUAAUUCAUCUAUUCUUUAUUGUUAUGAUAUUAUUAUUAUUAUUAUUAUUAUUAUUAUUACAUUAUAUUACAUAACAUACAUAAAAGUAAAAACCUAAAUAGGGACGAUCAUAUCGCGGAACCUUUUUUUUUUAAAAAUUAUUAUAAAUUACAAUACAACAAUGUGUUCUUAAUACCGUUCUUCUCGAUUCCCAACAUUGAUCUAUAGUCUAUAUUUAUUUACCAUAGCUUAUAUUAUUAUUAUUAUUGAACAUAUCGAGCGUUUAAUCUUGUAUUUUCUUAGAUCUCAAACGAAUGAUGUGUCAAAUUCCGUUAAAAGAUAUUUUGUUUUUAUGUUUACUACUGUGCAAAAUUUGAUACCUCCAGAUGACUGUCCUUUUUAGGUGUACUUAUAUUUUGGUUAAUAAUAUCUAGCAUUAUAAUGUAUAUUUUAUAACUGUUAAGUAAUUCAUCUAUUCUUUAUUGUUAUGAUAUUAUUAUUAUUAUUAUUAUUAUUGCAUUAUAUUACAUAAUAUACAUAAAAGUUAAAACCUAAAUAGAGAUGAUCAUAUCACGGAUCCUUAUUAUUUUUUUUUUUAAUUAUUAUAAAUUACAAUACAACUAUGUGUUCUUAAUACCGUUCUUCCCGAUUUCCAUCAUUAAUCUAUCAUCUAUAUUUAUCUAUCAUAGUAAAGUUUACAUUAUUAUUAUUAUUGAACAUAUCGAGUGUUUAAUCUUGCAUUUCCUUAGACCUAAAACGAAUGGUGUGUCAAGUGCCAUCAUAUACAUUUUGUUUUUAUGUUUACUACUGUGCAAAAAUAUUUUUACUUCCAAGUGACUGUCUGAUUAGGUAUACUUAUUUUGGUCAAUAAUAAUAUUAUAUGCAAGCUUCUAUAUAAUUCUGUUUUUUUUUUCAAUCCUUAUUUUGCUAAAUUCAUUAUACGAUUAUUAUUAUAAUACUAUGGUUAUAUGCUAAUAUAAGUUAGACAUUUAAGUAAAUUAACGCUGUGAUUAUUUUGAUCUAAAUUGUAAACAUUUGAUUACCUGGUUAUUAGAAGUAUAAAUUGUUAUUGAAUCGAGCAAAAUUAUGAUUUAAAUUAUUUUAGUUUACAUUUGUUGAUUAGUAUUGUAGACGAUAAUAUGUCCAUAGUUAAAAGUAGGAGUACAUUUUACUAAUGUAUGUAGUAUUUAAUUGCUAUUUAAUUGAUUUACUUUCAUAGUUUAUCCUAUGAAUUCUUCGGAAAUGUUAUAUUACAGUUGUUUAUAUAAUUAAAGUUAUUUUAUUUGUUUACUGUAUUUUGCUAUUGUUUAUUCGUUUAAAAACUAAAUAUUGAUAAAAAUAUAGAAAAAAAUUAUUCUAACUUAAUAGUGUAAUCGUAUUUAUAUGUAUAAAAAUUAUUGGUACCUAUCUUAUUUAUGGCUGUAUAUUAUACAAUAUCGUAUGUAUGACUAAACUUGAUAAUUAUAUAUAGGAAUAAAUUAACAUACCUACCUACUUAGAGAUGUAUGAUCAAAUAAUAAAUAAAAAUAACCAUGUUGCGGUUAUUGUUUAAAAUUGUGUA